AUGGGAUCUCUUUCUUUAUUCUCUGUCAAUGCAGUUCUUGUGAUGUCCGCCGAUGAUGGCUCUCGCAUCUUCGCAAAGUACUACUCACCACCUCACCCCCCAGCCGGCGCUGCCCCCAAUUCCACCGAUUACCCCGGAGCAAACCCCUACCCGACACUGAAAGAGCAGAAAGCAUUCGAGAAAGGCCUUCUCGAGAAAACCAAUAAGCAGACCAGUGAUGUGAUCCUUUACGACAACCGAAUUGUUGUGUUCAAGCUGGAGAGCGAUGUGAUGCUCUACGUGGUGGGCGGUGCCGAAGAAAAUGAGGUGCUCCUGUACAACGUUGUUCUGUCACUGCGGGAUGCUUUGGGAAUAUUAUUCAAGGGUGCAACGGAUAAGCGCACAAUCGUUGAGAACUACGACCUUGUUGCCCUGGCCAUUGACGAACUUAUCGAUGACGGUAUCAUUCUUGAGACAGAUCCCGUUCUGAUUGCUUCCCGUGUUAGUCGUGCGCCCCAACCGGACGCACCGAAUCUCAAGAGCAUUGAUCUUUCCGAACAAGGCCUCCUUAAUGCCUGGGAGCUUGGCAAGCGGCGUCUGGCGGAGGGAUUGCGACAGAUGUAGGCUGGGGAGGAGAGAAAGAAGGCCUUGCUACGAAUGUUCCUUUACUUGCACGAACAUUGCAUGGACGUUUUCCUUUAUUUUAUGCGAUCUGGCUGGGUUUGGCGCGGUCAUAUGCGUGCUGUUGAUUACUGAUUCAUGAUUGAUACUAUAUUUACACUAUUACUUUUCUUGAUGUUCCUUGCCAGGAGCGAGAGGGCUCUCUAGAGAUACUCCGAUCUGUUUUGUUGUGUUAUAUUUGGCUGGGUAGAGCAAAAGUCCUUGGACAACAUUAAAUUUAUUUUGAAUAUAAAACUUACUCAUCCAAUCAACAAUGGCGACCGAUGGAACUGG